GUAAAUCACAGAGAGAUGCGGAGAAUGCUGAGAGAAUGUUUCUUUAAGACCCAUUACCUUCCAAUCCGACAGAGGGAGAGGCUAUGGUAAGGUGGUGUGCCGUCGCUCCCCCGCUCCCUUAUGCCAUUUACAUGUGGAAAGGAGCGAGUCGGGGGAAAACCAUAUAUCCGGGGUUUUAAAAGGGGCACAGGCACAAAAUCCGCUCAGAUGGAUCCGAGUAAUAUUUAACGUCAGAUUUGGACAAUAUGGGAAACGCACGAUGACUGUGGUGAAUCAGGUGUGUCGACGCUGGGCUGAAACAAAAGCUCUACCCCUCUAGCGGCUCUCCAGACCCUGGGCUGGAGACAUGUGGCCGCACGGGUGAAAGGUUGGCACGAGAGAGGUCCUCCUCAGCACUCCUGGAUGAGCUAUCUCUUCUGGUGCUGUGAAGACCAAACCAGUCAGAGAACGGCCUUCCUCGGUCCCUUCCUCGCUUCUGGCCCCUCCCUUUUCUUACCCUAGGCCAAUCCUAGCCUCCGACCAAGCCCAGUGUCCCACAGACAGUUCCUGCUUUGGUCAAUCAAGAGUACAUUGAUCCACCCUGGUAAACAAACCCCAGGAGUUUCACAGUAAAAAGGUUAGUUACAGAGAAAGGUGCCCCAGGCCCUUUUGUUAGUGUUGUUUUUAAGAGAGAAGUAAGACAGUGUUAUCAGAUGGAGUGAAAAAUAUCAUCAAACAUGACUGAUUGAAGUCAUUUUCAAACAAUUAUUUACCAAGAUACCAAGCAACUGUUUCCAACUUUCUACACUGUCAUUUCAGCCAGAGAUGAACAGACUCAAGCAGAAAAUAUUGUACGAGUAAGGGAGCAGAUAGACGUUCUGUCGACGGAUCCCACAAACUCACACUUUGACGACACACAGGGCUUUCUGUUGCGCACGCAAACCCCAGACAUUCCUCUGCAGCCUGCCACACACUCUCCUGUCCCAUGAUGAUGUGCGAGGUGAUGCCCACCAUUUCAGAGGACGGGCGCGGCGGGGGGCCCUCCUCCCCAGGGGUCGGUGCCGGUGUUGGGGGCCCCGGUGGGGCCAUGGGUGGAGGAGGCUACAGUGGCCGUGGCGAACCCAGGGGAGGGGGCGACGAGGGGGGCAGCACGGGGAAUCUGGAGUCCCUUAUGGUCAACAUGCUGACGGAGAGGGAGAGGCUGCUGGAGAGCCUGAGGGAGACCCAGGAAAGCCUCGGAACAGCCCAGCUACGCCUCCGAGAACUGGGCCACGAGAAGGACUCCCUCUCCAGACAGCUGUCCAUCGCUCUGCCACAGGAGUUCGCCGUGCUGACUAAGGAGCUGAACGUUUGCCGGGAGCAGCUACUGGAGAGGGAAGAGGAGAUUGCUGAGCUCAAGGCGGAAAGAAACAACACUCGCUUGUUGCUGGAGCACCUGGAGUGUCUCGUGUCCCGUCACGAGCGCAGCCUGAGGAUGACGGUUGUGAAGAGGCAGGCCCAGUCCCCGGCGGGUGUCUCCAGUGAGGUGGAGGUGCUCAAGGCCCUCAAGUCCCUGUUUGAGCACCACAAGGCCUUGGAUGAGAAGGUACGAGAGCGGCUCCGCGUGGCCCUUGAGAGGGUGACCCUUUUGGAGGAUCAACUACAGGCAUCCGCUCAGGAGGUAAUCUCUUUAAGAGACCAAAUCAAAAGACGACAACAAGGGUUGGACGGCGGGAAAGAUCGCCUACCCAACGGGCCCUCCUCUGGACUGGACGAGGGAGAGAUGGACAGACAGAGAGAAACAGAGAUAGAGCGCCAGCGAGCCGAGCUCUCCCAGUUGAAAGAGAGACUCGCCCUCAUGUGUCGGCAGGUUGGGGAAAUAGAGGAACAGCUUGCAGCCGCCAGGAGGGAGGUGACGAAGUCGGAGGAGGCCAAUCAGAAGCUCCAGAGGGACGUGAAGGAGGCUUUGUGCCAGAGGGAGGACAUGGAGGAGAGGAUCACCACAUUAGAACGCAGGUACCUCAGUGCUCAGAGAGAAGCGACCUCUUUACACGACAUCAAAGACAAGCUGGAGAAUGAGCUGGCCAGCAAGGAGUCACUGCACCGACAGAGUGAGGAGAAAAACAGGCAGCUCCAGGAACGCCUGGAUGACGCCAAGCAGAAGCUGCAGCAGACCCUGCAGAGGGCAGAGACCCUGCCCGAGAUAGAGGCCCAGCUCGCCCAGAGGGUGGCUGCCCUCAACAAGGCAGAGGAACGGCAUGGGAACUUUGAGGAGCGGCUACGACAGAUGGAGGCACAACUUGAGGAGAAGAAUCAGGAGUUGCAGAGGGCAAGGCAGAGAGAGAAGAUGAAUGAUGAACACAACAAACGUCUCUCAGAUACGGUGGAUAAGCUCCUGUCUGAGUCCAACGAAAGACUGCAGCUUCACCUCAAAGAGAGAAUGGCAGCCCUUGAGGAGAAGAAUGCACUGUCUGAGGAGUUAGUAAAUAUGAAGAAAAUACAAGAUGAUCUUCUUGCAAACAAGGACCAGCUCAUAGCCGAGCUGGAGAGAAUUCAGCUGGAAUUGGAUCAACUGCGGGGCAGGCCUGGCUCUUCCUAUUCCAGGUUAGCCACAAUGGAGCUUCAAGGGGCGACCAACGUGAGCUCACUUCCCUCCACCCUUUUUCGAAGAUCUCUUCCAGGGAGUGCCUCGGAGCUCCGCUACCCCCAGGGUGGUGGUUCCCUCCCAGCCGGCUACGGCAGCUCAUCCAGUGGCGUGGUGGUUCGGAGGGCACACCGCGGCCGAUGGGCCCCGCCCAGGGGCGACAGCAACAAGUACGGAGAGUGGGACAGUGGCCCCAUGAUGGGGCCUGGUUUUGAGGGGGGGGUCGAGGGAGGCUGUUCGGAUGACGAGGAGGACAGGGAGACCCUGUUCAGCUCAGAGCUGCUCUCGCCCAGCGGACAGACCGACGUGCAGACCCUUGCAAUCAUGCUGCAGGAGCAACUGGAGGCCAUCAACAAGGAGAUCAAGCUCAUCCAGGAGGAGAAGGAGAGCACGGAGCUGAGAGCAGAGGAGAUCGAGAGCCGAGUGAGCAGCGUGGCCCUGGACUCCUCCCCUCUGCCUCCCACCUCGCUGGGCAGCGGCAGGGACAGCGUGGGAAGGGGCUACAUGACCCCCUCUCUCACCUCCUCAACCCUGGCCUCCCCUUCGCCUCCUAGUUCUGGACAUUCCACACCCCGACUGCCACAUUCCCCAGCCAGAGAGUCAGACAGACAGAACAGCAAAGAGGGCGAUGACUGUCGGGCACUAGCCCUGAUUGACUCCACCCCUCCUCCAGUUCCUCGUGCUCUGCGAUUGGACAGAAUGACUCACACACACCCAGGGGCAGGGCUGGAUGACCAUCGAGAAUUCCGCAGUCUAUCUGCUGAUGGUGCCACCACCAGUAGUCAGGACUCUCUCCACAAAGCCACCAAGAAGAAGAGCAUCAAGUCCUCCAUUGGACGCCUGUUUGGGAAGAAGGAGAAGGGAAGGAUCGGAGGACCGGGCAGUCAGUCUGCUUCUCUGGCCUCUACGCCCUCUGACGACCUGGGAUCAGCCGAUCCCCUGGGCCUGGCCAAGAUGGGAACUGGCACAGUGGAGAAAGACCGCCGCAGCAAGAAGAAGCACGACCUGCUGGAAGAGGCCUGUCGUCAAGGUCUUCCCUUUGCCUCAUGGGAUGGCCCCACGGUGGUCACGUGGCUUGAGUUGUGGGUGGGCAUGCCCGCCUGGUACGUGGCGGCGUGUCGUGCCAACGUGAAAAGUGGCGCCAUCAUGGCCAACCUGUCGGACACGGAGAUCCAGCGGGAGAUUGGCAUCAGUAACCCCCUGCACCGCCUCAAACUUCGCCUGGCCAUUCAGGAGAUGGUGUCACUCACCAGCCCCUCAGCGCCAGCCAGCACGCGCUCUUCGACCAGUAAUAUAUGGAUGACUCAUGCUGAAAUGGAGUCUCUGACCGCUGCCAUAAAACCAGAAGUGAAGGAGUUUAGCUGGGACCAGAUCCUGGCCUAUGGGGACAUGAACCAUGAGUGGGUGGGAAACGAGUGGCUGCCCAGCUUGGGUCUGCCCCAGUACCGCUCCUACUUCAUGGAGUCCCUGGUAGAUGCUCGCAUGCUGGACCAUCUCACCAAGAAGGAGCUAAGGGGACAGCUAAAAAUGGUGGACAGCUUCCAUAGGGUAAGUCUUCAUUAUGGCAUUAUGUGCUUGAAGCGGUUAAACUACGAUAGAAAGGAACUUGAAAGGAGAAGGGAUGAGAGCCAACACCAAAACCAAGAUGUGAUGGUGUGGUCCAAUGAGCGAGUGAUGUGUUGGGUCCAGUCCAUUGGGCUUAAGGAGUUUGCAGAUAACCUUACGGAGAGUGGGGUCCAUGGGGCCCUCUUAGCCCUGGAUGACACGUUCGACUUUACUGACCUAGCCCUACUCCUCCAGAUACCCAAUCAGAACACACAGGCGAGGCAGAUGCUGGAGAAGGAAUAUAAUUCCCUCAUCUCCAUGGGAACGGAGAGGAGGCCAGAUGAGGACGGCACUAAGACGUUCACACGUUCCCCCUCGUGGAGGAAGAUGUUUAGAGAGAAGGACCUCCGGGGUGUGACCUCUGACUCCUCUGAAACAUUACCCGCCAACUUCCGUGCCUCCGCCAUCUCCACGCCCUCCGUCACCCUGAGGAAAGUCCAGAGUGAAGUGAACUCUGGACCCAGGGGUGAGUCAGGGUCAGUGAGAACAUAUUCCUGCUAGAAAUAAGCACACCAGAGUCCCAAAAAAAUCAACCCUGUUUUUGAAGAACAGAAAAGAUGAAGAUCGUCUACAAAAUGGAGGGUAGAACACAAUAACUCUAUUGGAAUCCUUGGCGAAACGAGGACAGAAUGUGAGAGAAUGAAAAGAUGCUAAAAUAGAGUGAAUGUCUGUCUGUAUGUCUUUCUGUCUGUCUCGCUCUCCAUCUUAGUCCACAGUUGUGGCAUGAAGCUGUUUGAUGCUGUAGAAAGUUACUCCAUCACCCAUUGUGAAGUUUAUCUUCAGUCGUGACUGUAAAAUGGCAAUAUUGACACAAUUACUUUUUUCCAUUGGGCGGAAAAGCUGAAUGCCCAUUCUCAUCAACAGAAAGAGAAUGGAACCGUGUUAGAAUUGUAUUUGAUUGGAACAUACAUAGCCUGUCAGAAUCUCAGUAACUGGUAAUAGGAUUUUGUUUUACAAGCUUUUGUACCAUGAACAGGAAGGCUAAGGUCUUUCCUUUACUUAAGAUCCACAAACUAUGGUCAUUUUCUUAGGGGACCACCUACAUUUAAAUUAGCACUUCAGAGCUGACUAAAUCAGGUAAAGGUAUCUGGUUAAGCAGUCAGCACCAUCCAAGGGGACUACUGACAGUCCACAGACCAGAGGUUGAAAAACACUGGAGAUAACAAAAAUAGUUAUAGGUGGUUACAAACAGUUAUAAAGGGAGACUAUGUAAAUGUAUGAGGGAGUGGAAUCAUAUGUUCUUAAGCCAUAACAGACACCAUGACAUGCACAAUGAGAAGGACAAUUAGUGAAGUGAAUUAUGACAAAAUCCUGUUCCAACAACAAAAAAAGUUUAACGUUCGUGUUAAUAUGCAUGCCAAAACAAAAACAUUUUAGGGUGAAAGUAAUGAUAUCAAUCAUCUAAUGAUCUGAAGGCUUGGGUAAGAAAUUUGUAAAAUGUGUGUAUUUAAUUUUUAUCAUUUUUUAUGAUAACUACUAUUGUGUGUGUGUGUGUGUGUGUGUGUGUGUG